AUGCUGUCGGAUGAUCUGGCUAGUAGAAGGCAACCACGUCUGCACUAUCCAUCGGAACAAUAUCUGAGCUAUCCAGAACCAAAGGGAGAGCCCUUAAAAGGACCAGGUUCUUCUAAAGAUUGUCUAGAAGAGAAUAGAGGUUGCAUUCGUCAAGAAGCACAAGAUGUGGUUACAUCCACAAUUAUACUGCCGUUUUCACAAGGAAUGACAGCCGAUUCCUUGGCACCGCUUUACGAUGAUGCUGGUAGACAUAAUCCGUAUGCUGGAUUAUCAUGCGACGUACAACUCAAACUCUUUCAUGAAGACGAGAUUCGUGUGGGACAAUUUGCUCAUGAAAUGGUGGAAAGUGUUUCAAGAAAAGCAACCUAUCGUGCUAGAUGGAAUCAAGCCCAAAAAUCUCCAUGGUUAUGCAAUACAAAGCCUAUUUUUGGUCUAGAAAAAGUUUACCAUUCUAGACACAAACACGAUUUUUCAGAAAGAAUCAACUCAUAA